GGGAACCUGACGCAGGUGAAUCGAUCCGGCAGGCAAUUAGAAACGUGAGUGUUGCAAACUGCGCUUUUUUUUCGAUGCGGAUUUAACCGUUUUCAGCGCUUCGAAGCGGGAUUUCCGCACCAUGAGGGAGGACGCCAUGGAGAAUGGUUUGAGGGAAGAUCAACAUGUGGAGACAGAAACUGCGUCUGGGGAGAGGAGAUCUAGUGUGGCAGCUCUUGAAAACAUGCUGAAGAAGGUUUCUCAGAGCCCUCUCCAACAUGAGCACACGAACGGAAUGAAUGGAGCCUCUACCAGAAUGAACCCUUUCUAUGAUUACUACUUGCAGUCGGGCAGCAACGGUUACCAGAGCCAUGAUGGAGGGACAACGUCUUCACAAGAUGUGGAGGUUGAUUACAUCGUUGAACCUCCUUCUGAAUUUCAAAGCUCCCCUCCUGAAGCUGAAGUUCAGAUGACAGCAAACGCGUUCUCUGAACCCGAGGUCCAGACGUUGACAUUGGACCAGAAUGUAAUCCCAAAUGGUCACGUGGAGGAUUUUUCUGCUGGAAAAAUGGAGGAUAUCUUUGCGAAGGUGGAUCCCUUCAAACCCCUUUUAAAUAAUGAAGAGGAUCUCUUCCAGUCUGCACAUCCUGCCAAAGGAAACCCGUUUUUCACCGCCGCCACCGUCACAGAAGCAGAGCUGUUUCAGUCGUCUCCAGCUGAAAAUGGACAACUGGACCUCGACGGAGGAAGCAAACAAAAGCCCCAGACUCACCAGAGGGAUCUGUUUGAACCCAUUUCUGGGAGAAAAGUGAAUGUUUUUUCAACUUCAUCCACGGAUUCAGUCGAUCCGUUUCAAAGUCCAUUCACCAAGAAUUUAUUCCAAGAUGUUUCUGGUUUGGACGACCCAUUUGGUUCAACUCCCUCAAAAGCACAUACCCCUUUUGACCAGAGUUCUUCAAAUGGAACUCCAGACAUCUUCAAACCACUGUCCUCGGACGGUAUUUUUGAGACCACCCCUAGCAAUGCGGCAGAGGUGACGCCGUCACCAGAUAUCUUCAAGAAGAAGCCAACCGUGCCUCCCCCGGUUCCUCCCAAGCCUUUUAAAACCCCCCCUGCGACCGUCUUGACGACCCCCGGAGGAACCGAACACGAGAUCUUUCAGCCGACCCCCUUCAGCCGGGCCAGGAAUCUGGCCAUGUCGUCAAGCCGUUCUCCAGCCAGCAUGAUGCACGCACAGACUACCAAACGUCCGCCAAAGCCGCUACCUCGAACCAAACCACCAAAACCAGAGAGGCCGCCACAGCCCACGAUCCCAGCUGAACCUGAACCGAACGAACCAAAAGUUCCACCGAAACCGCUCUUCAAACCUCUUCCAAAACCGGUUAUACGAACGAAACCGAAAACUCCGGAAAUGAAGAAAGUGGAAUCUGAGAACUUUGUUGUCUUUGAGGACAUCCUGCUCAUCGGGCAGGAACGGUGUGUGGAGGACUGGCCUGAGGACAGCCCUGAGGUCAACCCCGACUUCAAGCCAUCUGGAACAUUGAAGCUGAGGAGGGAGUCGCUGAAGUCAAAGAUGGACCUUGAAGGGACGACCGGCGAGGAGCAGGACGGUUCUGGAAGCUACCAGAAGAGGAAGGACAAGAAGUUCAGGAUGUCCCUGCUCUCCAGAAGAGAUUCGAAGGAGAAGUUUCCUGAUGACAUGGAGGCUCGAAGCAGGACACUCCCCAUCCCACGGAAAUCCUCUAAGGAUUAUUUUUCAGACUUCCAGACAUCUUUUGGAGAGACUGAAGAUGGAGAGCAGAUGGACUACAAGAAAAAACCUCUGAAGAGCAAAGUGAAUCAGCUGCUGCGAAGAGCUUCCACGAAUUCCUUUGGCCUCGGAGGGAAGCAAGGGAAUGAGCUUUCAUCUCAGGACGACGGCCUCGAUAAGAAAAGCAUCAGCAAGAAAGGCUCCGUCCGCAGAUGGUCUGAGGGAACGGCGCUGGAGGGGAGCACAGGGGAGGAGGAGGAUGGAGGAGACGGCCAUCAGGACGAGAAACGACAGAAGAAGCUGAAAAUCAAGUUUGUGCCACGCAGAGGAUUCACCAUCUCUGCAGACAAGACGAGUGAAGGACCUAAAGGGGCGACUGGAUACACACCUCGCAAGAGCUCAAAGGAUAAAGCACAUGAUGAAAGUUUUGGUGCGAGCGGCACGUACACAGCCCGUAAGAAAUCUCAGGACGCCAUGCUGGACGACACACUCGCCCAGAAGAUGAAGAGUGCCUCCUCGGCCGAGGAGCUGGACGAGGAACUGUUCAGGACGGAGGACUACAAGCUGCAGAGCAAACUGAAGAACAAGGCGAAGGCGGAUGAAGCAGAUGGGUUCGACGACGACGGUCCUCAGUAUGCGGACGAGUUCGAUGACGACGAGCCGACAGGAAAAGAUUUCUCGAGAGAGAUGGACGACAGUGAGCAGGAUGAAGUGGACACCUACAAACCGAAGAAACACUUGAAGCUUAAAGGCUUCAAGAAGCGCAAGUCAAAGAGUAAAGUCAUGGACGUCGAUAGUGACUUUCCACCCGGAGCUACGUCCAGUGACUACCUGUCCGAGGCUGCCAGGGCGGAGUGGCAGGCGGCGCAGAUGGACGAGCGCGCCAAAGAGGGAAUGGAGGACGAAGACGAGGAAGAGGAAGGGGACACCGACAGUCUGAUGGAGUGGUGGUACACUGUGGAGCAAUGGGACGAGGUGCCGUCGGACGAGGAGGAUCAAAUCCUCAAAGAGGACGAGUCAAAGUCCUUCAGCAUCCUGGCCGACAAAGUUUCCCGCGGCCUGCGCGUCUUCAACAAGGUGUUCACGGAGCGGGCGGAGGUCCUGUGGCAGUCCAUCAUCACCCUGUGCGCCAUCGCCGACGACCUCAGCGACUUCCACCAGAAGGCUAAGAUCGCCGGCAUCACGGGCGGCACCACCACGGCCGUGGGCGGCGUGACGGCCAUCGCCGGCCUGGCCCUGGCGCCGUUCACCCUCGGCAUAUCCCUGGUGAUCACGGCGGUGGGAGUGGGCGUGGCCACCGCCGGGGGGAUCACCUCGGCCUCCGCCGCCAUCUCGGACAACGUCAACAACGCCAAUGACAAGAAGAAGGUGGAGGUGGUCCUGCAGGACUACGAGGGCCACCUGCUGGACAUCGGGAAGAUCCUGCACUUCAUCAACACGGGCGUGUACAAACUGCGCGGCCACCCCUUCCUGAGGUCGGGCACGCAGCACUACUCCGAGGACUGGGAGACCCGCCGGGCCGUGCAGAUGAUCAGCCUGGUGGACUCGCCCGUCAUGCGGGCCACGGAGAUCACGGACGCCGCCGUGGCCAUGCUGCAGGGGCUCUUCAAAGGCAUGGACAAAUACUUCCUGAAGGACUCUCGAGAGCUGAAGAAAGGCUGCAGGAAGGAGAUCGUGGCCCAGAUCCGGGAGGUGGCCAACGUGCUCAACGACACCAUCGUGGACCUGAACGCCAUCAGGGAAGAGCUGCAGGAGUCGACUGGGAACAUCUGAAACACUGUUCACGCCUUUAUCGCCCUCUUGUGGUUGAAUUUGUGAACUGCACCUAAUUAAUGCUGUUGGACAGUGAGAAGUCCUCUAACAGCACGUUUUUAAAUGUUCUGCUGCUUCAUCGGAUCUGAAGCUGAUGGAGUCAUUAUCAAGUCUGGCACUGAGCUGACCACUGCUGUCGGUCAUGAACGUGCAGGUCAGAGGCGGCGCUCCAGCCAGAAAACAACACAUCCCAACUAAUCACAGCUGUUCACAGGGGAUUGUGGCAGAAGUACUGUUAUAAUGAGGUGUUUACUGAAGACAAAGCCCUUUCUCUGUGCACCGUUUUCACACUUCUGGCUUCAAAAUGAUUCAAAAGGUGUUUUAUUCAUCACUGAUGGUUUACUAAGAAUAUUUUAUUUCUUGAUAUCAUGCAAUACAAAUAUUAAAGAUUUCACACCUGCUUCAAUCCAAAUAAUGGACGUUUUACAGACCAGUUCACUGGUUUCAAACCUGUUAUUUGCUGAAACUUAGAGGUAAUUAGCGGGAAAUAUAAAAUCAAACGGGGAUGGGAAAUGAAAGGGAGGUACAAGCAUUGCUUUAUGGAGCUUCUAUAAUGUAUAAUCCUGUGAAUUUUACAUAUUGAUACUUUUUCAUGGCUUAUAAUGCAUGUGGUUCAAUGUCAAGCUGUAAGUAGCAAAUUUGAAAUUUGUUUAGCUGAUUGAGUUGACUUAUGUUCUCUUCAAAAACGAAAUUAUCUAUUGAAUAAUUUCUUCGAUCACAAUGUGGAAGAUUUCCCUUAAACUGUUCUAAAUGUGUCUGACAGGAAGUUUACAUUAGUGUGGACAGAGGAGACAGAAGAUGAAGAACGAGGCCAGUUCUGACUUUUGUGAUGCAGCUUUUGAGUCUGAAUAAAGUAUGCUCAUUACACAAAAAGUAUUGAAGUAGUCUGGAUGCCUUUGUAGGUGCAACAUCCUGCUUGUUCCAUACCGAGUCUUUGUGAAUGUUCACGUAUGAAGAUAAAGUAGCCUGAAUUAUCCUUACCAGUGUAUCUUCAUUUGUUUUAAUUAACAAUGCACAUUGUGAAUGCAAACAGCCUUUCAGCAUUGCACUCUCCCUGCCUUUACUUUGUGCAUGUGUCUGGAUAUUUUAAA